AUGUCAGUCCUAGAAGGAAUGCACCACACAUUAAUAGGGAGAAUUGUUACAAGUGGCGAGAUUGAUAGCAGAUGUGAGAUUUUUGAAAUCUUCAAUAAGCCUCGCUCUCUGCAUAUAGACUUGCUUUUAUACCUAAAACAUCUUAAGGAUAACUUCAGCUGUUCGGAUUUCAUUUUGAUAUUCGGAUUUGUAUUAAUUGACAAAUUUCUGAAGUCCUGUCCUGACUUUCAUCUUACAAAUAGAAACGUUCACAGAAUGGUUUUUACUUCGAUCUCAAUUGCCUUAAAAUUUUCAGAAGAUAUAGGUUUUUCUAAUUCCGUUUUAUCAAAAAUAGGGUUGGUGACGACAAAAGAGUUGCUCAAGCUAGAGACCUCUUUUCUAUCAGUAAACAACUGAUGCAUUUGGAAUGAAGAAAUCUCAAAACAAUGCGAAGAAUUAGAAGAAGACUUUUCAAGGGCGCAAAAAAAGGAAAUUUCUAAUUCUGAAUGCGAUGAAUUAUACAAUGAAGAAACAACUGCAAGCUUUGAAGAGUUAGAUGAUUUUUCUGAGAUUAGCUACUUUUUCAGCAAUUAA